AUUUUCUGCUCAUUUUUAAACCAUACAGGGCCCACUUGGGCUUGCUGGCUGGGAUGUUACUCUCAAUCGAGUUAUGAAGAAGUUUCAUAAAUAAAAGUGGGAAAUGUUGAUAGACAGUGGGCGAUAUGAUGAUACAUAUCGUUUGGGUGAUAGAAAAGUCUAUCGUAGCAUUUCUCUUUUAACGUUUCUAACCUACUUUGAUCAAUUAUUACGGCAAAUAUGUAAUUAAUUAGCCCAAGGUGUUGCCUCGUCAAUGUGUACACGAAAAAUAUAUAAAAGUGAAAAUAAAGACAAAAUAAAGAGAUUAUUUGUAAAAAAGACAAAACACAAAAAAACCUCCAUCUUGUCGUUUUGCGACGUUAAGCUGCUUUAUGUCUUUUGAUUCUCACUCACACGGCUUUUACGACAUACUUCAUGCUACUUAACAUGAGUGCAGAACGAUGGACGUGCAACAGCUUGAAGUUGUUUCCCCGGAGUUGAAACAGACAGAUAAACUGAUGCAGGCAGCUCAAGAAGAAGCACUUUCAGCAAAACAGGGGUACGUCUGUGUUUUGGUGGCUUUUUGGAUUCAUGACGCCCGACGCUGAGCAGAAGACAGCAAUAUGUAAAUUAUGCUAGGAGGCUAUUCCCGCGCCGAUUGUAACACAACAAACCUUCUAUCACUCCAGGAAAGUCUACAAAAAUGACCAUAUGAGACUAAAAUAAAUAAGAGUUAAACCGAGCUGUGGAACAGGGCUGUAACAAAUAUAUUUGAGUACUCGUAUUUUCGCGACCUGCUCAGAAAAUUCGAGGACGAAUAUUCGCGAUGUUCAAGAUCUCUGAUUUGUGAUCUUUACAAAUAUACUUGAGUCUAGUAAAAUAUUUAUUGCUCUGAAGUACAGAAUAAUUUUGGAUUUUACCGAAUGUGCAUUUCUACUGUCACCGGAGCGUUCUGUUUUCAAAGUAAAACUAACGUGUGCUUCUUCUCUGCUCAAAAUUUGAGAUUGAAGUUUCGCUUAUAAGUUCUAAAAAAAAAAAAAAUUACUUUAACACCAGAUAUUUGGCUACAGUGUUUAUAUUGUUUUGGUUAUAGUAACUAUUAAACAGUUGAUGCAAUUCACAUAACUGGAGAAAUGCAGACUAGCUGAUAUGCUGCACUGCACAGCUAAAGCGCGGAUGUGAUCGACGUGAAUCAGCUGAUUCUGUCACUGAGAAAAGCGACAAUUUGCAUUAAAAUGUAAUGCUUGGAACGUAAAGUGUAGCAGAACUUUGAGGAUGGAAAAACUGUGAUUAACCUUAUCAGAAUUUGUUGUUAGAUGACGAAAAAAAAAGAAAAAAAGCAAAAGUUCAGUUUAAAUACAUUUGACUCUUGAAGCAAAUGGUGUAUAUAUCGUGAUAUAUAUCGUUAUCGCGAUAUAAAAUAAUUUAUAUCGUGAUACACAAUUUUUUUCCAUAUUGCCCAGCACUGGGUUUGUCGGAUAAUAGUGAAAAUUUUCAAAGAAAAUAACCCCACAGUGUUCAGACUGAAUAAAAUUGUCUUAUUUUUGUUUUGUAUCUGGUGUCUAUAUAUACAUAUAUAUAUAUAUGUACAGAGAGAGAGAGAGAAAGAGGGAGACAUAAAAACCUUUCCAUGAAAGUUCUAACAGCCUUUCAAAUUUUUUUUAAACUUGAUGUACAUUAAAUUAAAUUUCCCCUUUUUUACAUUUCAAAAUACAAUGUUCUGAAUAUUUCAAGUGCUUACUUGGUUUAAAAAUGAUAAUCUAUAUAAAGAGCUGGGCCACCCUCAUCAGUGACGGCCUUCAACUAAAGUUUCGGUUUCUUUUCUACAGAAGUGAUACAAUCUCUCAUGCUGACAAACAAAAAAAAAACCUGCUGAAGUAUUGAGGAAACGUCCUCAAUCUGUUUUAUCACAAUAGAAUUUAAAGCGCAAAGAAUAGCCCAGCUAUACACAGACACUAUCUUUCAACACUGCAUUAUAAACCAAUAAUUACAAAAGACAAAAAAAAAAAAGCAAACCUCAAGGUGUCACUUUGAAUUGGUAAAGUAUGUCCCCAACUAGGGUCAGCACAGACUGUGGGUGUUCUCAGCCUUUGGUGAUAAUUAGCAGUAAUAUUUAGCAGUUUAAUUUACAAGUUUUUCUUUAAAUGAAUUACAUUUGCUUGUUUAAAAGACAUUUCAGGCCCCGGCUUAAAAUAAAAAAAGAAAGCAAAAAAAUAAAUAAAUAAAUUGCUGCAUAAAUGAAUGAAUAUUUCAAAGAUUUCUUACUUAAAAGUUGCAUACAUUUUUCCAUUUUUUUAACUUUAUUAAAGAAUUUGUGUGGAAAGAUCUACCAGGAAAUAAAUAGAAUGUCUUUUUUUCCAGUACAUUACUGGCUAAUCCUUAGUUGUUUGAAGCUGUGCCAGCCUCCAACGUAUAAAUUCUUGCUGCAUCCCUGCAGUCUCACCUGAUGAACAGGCUUGCAUGACAAGGCAACAUUGUGAUGUUUCCUUUGAGCAAUUCUAGUUAUUGAAAUUAAAACUUUUCUAAUCUGCUAGAGCAUUUUUUUUAUUUCUGCAUAGAAUCUUGGUUUCGUUUAUUUUAAUGUCAUCAUAGGUACUUUUAUUUUGGCUCCGUAUUUUGAAUUCGAGCUCAGUCAUCUGAGCUUUAAAGGAUGGCAGGCAAAUCUCUGCUGCCGCUCCUGCUUCUGUCAAGGCUGUGUGUUGUGAUUUCACAAAAUCAAACCACGUCGGCUUCCCCAACUGAGACUACAGAUGCCUUCUCAGUUCCGGGUAAUUUUUACCCAAUUUCUGGAACUGAAAACCCUCGGUCAUUUUUUGGAAGUUCUCCACUGAUUUACCUGCAAAGACCUUUUGUCUACUUUGGGAAUACAUACAACACCAUUUAUGUUAACAACAAUGGGCACUUGACCUUUACUUCAUCAUACUGGUCAUAUUUACCCCAAAGUUUCCCACUAUAUGGAUCUAUGGACAUAAUUGCCCCAUUCUGGACAUUUAUGGACAACAGUCAAACUGGUUUGAUCCUCUACAACCAAUACACCAAUGGCAGUGUCCUCCAACAAGCUACACAGGACAUUAAUAGCUACUUCCCAAACCUCAACUUCAGCGCUGAGUGGGUCUUUGUGGCAACAUGGUAUGAAGUGGCCUAUUACCCAACUACAGGAACAAAAACUACUUUCCAAGUUGUGCUGAUCUCUGGAGGAGAGAAGUCAUUUGUUCUCAUGAACUACGGUUCUCUUGCUGAAGCAGUUUGGAAUGUUCAGGCUGGCUAUGACACCAUAAACUCUUUUCACUAUUUUACUAUUCCUGGAUCUUUGUCAAGUUCUGCAUCAGGCGUCAACUCCACUUUUAGUCUCAGCAGCAACAUCAAUGUAACGGGUCGCUGGGCCUUCCAAAUAGACAGCGGUCCGGAUAACUUCAAGUUUAAAGGUCAUUUUUAUCCAAUUCCUGGACUUGCAAGUUACCGGUCACUCGAUGGAAGUUCUCCUCUGAUUUACCUGCAAAGACCUUUUGUCUACUUUGGAAAAACAUACAACUACAUUUAUGUCAACCACAAUGGACACUUGACCUUUAAUUCUCCAUUUAGCUCAUAUACACCGCAAAGAUUCCCACUCUAUGGAUCUAGGGACAUAAUCGCUCCAUUCUGGACAGAUUUAGACAACAGACAAAAUGGUUUUGUCCUCUACAACCAAUACACCAGUGGCAGUGUCCUCCAACAAGCUACACAGGACAUUAAUAGCUACUUCCCAAACCUCAACUUCAGUGCUGAGUGGGUCUUUGUGGCAACAUGGUAUGAAGUGGCCUACUUUCCAACUACAGGAACAAAAACAACUUUCCAAGCUGUGUUGAUCUCUGGAGGACAGACAUCAUUUGUUCUCAUGAACUAUGGUGCCAUUGCCUCAACAUCUCAGAACGUGCAGGCUGGCUAUGACACCAUAGACUCUGUUCACCAUUUGACCAUUCCUGGAUCUUUCUCAAGUUCAGCAUCAGGCGUCAACUCCACUUUUAGUCUGAGCAGCAACAUCAAUGUAACGGGUCGCUGGGCCUUCCAAAUAGACAGCGGACCUGACGGCUGCCAAUUUAAAAACAGAUCUGUGCAGUUGGGUGAUUUCUUCUGGAGCGACAGCAACUGCACACAAAAGUGCACCUGCACCACAUCAGGCGUUCAUUGUAUCACCAAGCUUUGCUCUUUCCCUGAAACCUGCCAGCAAACAAAUUUUCAGUUCCUCUGCUUCAAUGGUUCAUUGGCUUCAGCAGUCUUAAGCAACUUUUAUCCAAUUUCUGGAACUGAAAGCCCUCGAUCUGAUGAUGGAAGUUCUCCACUGAUUCAACUGCAAAGACCUUUUGUCUACUUUGGAAAUACAUACUACACAAUUUAUGUCAACCACAACGGACACUUGACAUUUUCUGCCCCAUUUGGAUCAUUUUCCCCUCAAAGAUUCCCAAUAUAUGGAUUCAAAGACAUAAUUGCUCCAUUCUGGACAGAUUUGGACAACAGUCAAACUGGCUCAGUUCUCUUCAACCAAUACACCAGUGGCAGUGUCCUCCAACAAGCUACACAGGACAUUAAUAGCUACUUCCCAAACCUCAGCUUCAGUGCUGAGUGGGUCUUUGUGGCAACAUGGUAUGAAGUGGCCUACUUUGGAGCUUCAAGAACAAAAAUAACUUUCCAAGCUGUGUUGAUCUCUGGAGGACAGAACUCAUUUCUUCUAAUGAACUAUGGUUCGAUUGCCUCAACAACUCGGAAUGUUCAGGCUGGCUAUGACACCAUAAACUCGUAUUACCAUUUCACCAUUCCUGGAUCUUUCUCAAGUUUUGCAACAGGCAGCAACUCCACUUUUAGUCUCGGAAGCAACGUCAACGUAACAGGUCGCUGGGCCUUCCAAGUAGACAGUGGAGUUAGAGGCUGCCAGUAUUAUUACACACCUGUUCAACUGGGUGAUGUUUUCUGGAGUGACAGCAACUGCACACAAAAGUGCACGUGCUCCACAUCGGGCAUUUUUUGCAUCACUGAGCUUUGCUCCUUCUCUGAAACUUGCGUGCCGACGAACUUUCAAUUCCUCUGCUUCAAUGUCUCAGUAGUGGUCCCCCCAGUUACCACCACAUUUGACCCACCAGUAAUAACAUCAGCAGAACCUCCAGUUAUUACAACCACAUCGGCUCCACCAGUUAUAAUCAAUUCAACACUUCCAGACUCUCUUUAUCCAAUUUAUGGAACUGCAAGCUCUCGAUCUGAUGAUGGAAGUUCUCCACUGAUUCACCUGCAAAGCCCUUUUGUCUACUUUGGAAAAACAUACUACACAAUUUAUGUCAACCACAACGGACACUUGACAUUUUCUGCCCCAUUUGGAUCAUUUUCCCCUCAAAGAUUCCCAAUAUAUGGAUCCAGAGACAUAAUUGCACCAUUCUGGACAGAUUUGGACAACAGUCAAACUGGCUCAGUUCUCUUCAACCAAUACACCAGUGGCAGUGUCCUCCAACAAGCUACACAGGACAUUAAUAGCUACUUCCCAAACCUCAAUUUCAGUGCUGAGUGGGUCUUUGUGGCAACAUGGUAUGAGGUGGCCUACUUUCCAGCUACAGGAACAAAAACAACUUUCCAAGCUGUGCUGAUCUCUGGAGGACAGAAAUCAUUUGUUCUUAUGAACUACGGAUCAAUUGCCACAGCUGGCUCGAAUGUUCAGGCUGGCUAUGACACAACAAACUCGUAUUACCAUUUCACCAUUCCUGGAUCUUUCUCAAGUUCUGCAACAGGCAGCAACUCCACUUUUAGUCUCGGCAGCAACGUCAAUGUAACGGGUCGCUGGGCCUUCCAAGUAGACAGUGGAGUUAGAGGCUGCCAGUUUAAUGACACACCUGUGCAGUUAAGUGAUUUCUUCUGGAGCGACAGCAACUGCACACAAAAGUGUACAUGCACCACAUCAGGCAUUCACUGUGUCACUGAGCUUUGCUCUUUUUCUGAAACCUGUGUGGCGACAAACAUUCAGUUUCUCUGUCUCAAUGUCUCAACUCCUCCCCCAGUUACAACCACAGUAGCUCCACCAGUUACAACCACAUCACCUGCUACAGUUAAAAUCCCAAUUAAUGACACGACUCUGAGUCAUUUUUAUCCAAUUGCUGGAACUGCAACCACCCGCUCACUUGAUGGAAGUUCUCCACUGAUUUACCUGCAAAGACCUUUUGUCUACUUUGAGAAAACAUACAACACCAUCUAUGUCAACCACAACGGACAUUUGACCUUUACUUCACAAUACUGGUCAUAUAUACCUCAAAGAUUCCCACUCUAUGGACCCAGAGACAUAAUCGCUCCAUUCUGGACAGAUAUGGACAUCCAAAUAACUGGAUUGGUCCUCUACAACCAAUACACCAAUGGCAGUGUCCUCCAACAAGCUACACAGGACAUUAAUAGCUACUUCCCAAACCUCAACUUCAGUGCUGAGUGGGUCUUUGUGGCAACAUGGUAUGAAGUGGCCUAUUAUCCAACUACAGGAACAAAAGCUACUUUCCAAGCUGUGCUGAUCUCUGGAGGAGAGAAGUCGUUUGUUCUCAUGAACUACGGUUUUCUUGCUGCAACAGUUUGGAAUGUUCAGGCUGGCUAUGACACCAUAGGCUCUGUUCACCAUUUGACCAUUCCUGGAUCUUUCUCAAGUUCAGCAUCAGGCGUCAACUCCACUUUUAGUCUGAGCAGCAACAUCAAUGUAACGGGUCGCUGGGCCUUCCAAGUAGACAGCGGUCCAGAAGGCUGCAUGUUUAAUGACACACGUGUGCAGUUGGGUGAUUUCUUCUGGAGCGACAGCAACUGCACACAAAAGUGUACGUGCACCACAUCGGGCGUUCACUGUAUCACCGAGCUCUGCUCUUUCCCUGAAACCUGCGUGCCGACGUACUUUCAGUUCCUCUGCUUCAAUGUCUCAACUCCUCCCCCAGUUACAACCACAGUAGCUCCACCAGUUACAACCACAUCACCUGCUACAGUUUUAAUCCCAAUUAAUGACACAACUCUGAGUCAUUUUUAUCCAAUUGCUGGAACUGCAACCACCCGCUCACUUGAUGGAAGUUCUCCACUGAUUUACCUGCAAAGACCUUUUGUCUACUUUGAGAAAACAUACAACACCAUUUAUGUCAACCACAACGGACAUUUGACCUUUACUUCACCAUACUGGUCUUAUAUACCUCAAAGAUUCCCACUCUAUGGACCCAGAGACAUAAUCGCUCCAUUCUGGACAGAUAUGGACAUCCAAAUAACUGGAUUGGUCCUCUACAACCAAUACACCAAUGGCAGUGUCCUCCAACAAGCUACACAGGACAUUAAUAGCUACUUCCCAAACCUCAACUUCAGUGCUGAGUGGGUCUUUGUGGCAACAUGGUAUGAAGUGGCCUAUUAUCCAACUACAGGAACAAAAGCUACUUUCCAAGCUGUGCUGAUCUCUGGAGGAGAGAAGUCGUUUGUUCUCAUGAACUACGGUUUUCUUGCUGCAACAGUUUGGAAUGACACCAUCAACUCUUUUUACCAUUUCACCAUUCCUGGAUCUUUCUCAAGUUCUGCAACAGGCGUCAACUCCACUUUUAGUCUCGGAAGCAACGUCAACGUAACGGGUCGCUGGGCCUACCAGGUAGACAGUGGAGUAAGAGGCUGCCAGUUUAAUAACAAACCUGUUCAGUUGGGUGAUUUCUUCUGGAUGGACAGCAACUGCACACAUAAGUGCACCUGCUACACAUCAGGCAUUCAAUGUAUCACAGAACUCUGCUCUUUUCCUGAAACCUGCCAGCAAGCAAACCUUCAGUUCCUCUGCCUCAUUGUGGACCAUCCAAUAAACACCACAAUGGAUCCACCAGUCAUAACAUCAGCAGAACCUCCAGUUACAACCACUUUGGCUACAUCACUUACCAGCACUUUGCCUCCUCCAGCUAUAAUCACAGACAAUUUACCACUUCCGGAUUCUCUUUAUCCAAUUUCUGGAACUGCAAGCUCCCGAUCAGAUGAUGGAAGUUCUCCACAGAUUUACCUGCAAAGACCUUUUGCCUUCUUUAGAAAAUUGUACAACACCAUUUAUGUCAACCACAAUGGACACUUGACAUUUGAUUCCUCAUAUUACUCAUAUACACCUCAACGAUUUCCCUUACAUGGACCCAGAGACAUAAUCGCUCCAUUCUGGACAGAUUUGGACAACAGACAAAAUGGUUUUGUCCUUUAUAACCAAUACACCAAUGGCAGUGUCCUCCAACAAGCUACACAGGACAUUAAUAGCUACUUCCCAAACCUCAACUUCAAUGCUGAGUGGGUCUUUGUGGCAACAUGGUAUGAAGUGGCCUAUUAUCCAACUACAGGAACAAAAACAACUUUCCAAGCUGUAUUGAUCUCUGGAAGCCAGAAAUCAUUUCUACUCAUGAACUAUGGUUCAAUUGCCUCAACAUCUCAUAGUGUUCAGGCUGGCUAUGACACCAUAGACUCUUUUCACCAUUUUACCCUUCCUGGAUCUUUCUCAAGUUCUGCAACAGGCGUCAACUCCACUUUUACUCUGGGCAGCAACGUCAAUGUAACGGGUCGCUGGGCCUUCCAAGUAGACAACCUGUGCAAUUGGGUGAUUCAUUUUGGAGUGACUCCACCUGUGCACAGAAGUGCACGUGCACCACAACGGGCCUGCAGUGCUCUAACCAGCCCUGCUCUUUCUCCCAAGUCUGCAUGCCAGAUUCCUUUCAGUUCUCCUGCCAGUCAGUGCAGAGACGCACCUGCACUGUCAGUGGUGAUCCGCAUUACUACACUUUUGACAACAAAGUGUUUCACUUUCAAGGCACCUGCACCUAUGUUCUCUCAGAACAAUGUCAGAAUGAGCUCCCCUAUUUCAGAGUAGAGGGCAAAAACGAGCAUUUAGGCAGCACUCGUGUUUCCUGGACAGGACUUGUUAAGGUUUUUGUCUAUAAUGAAACUAUUGAGCUCGUCAAAAGAACCACUGGCAAAGCAAAGGUUAAUGGAAACUUUGUAGCAACUCCGUUUUCCCUCAACCAGGACCGUGUCCAGGUCUAUCAGUCAGGCAUGUCAAUGAUUGUCAGCACCGACUUUGGCUUGAUGGUAGCUUACGACAGAACCUAUUAUCUCAGAAUCAGUCUGCCCUACACUUACCAGAAUGCAACAUGUGGACUGUGUGGAAACUUCAACAAUCAACCUGGAGAUGACCUCCGAACUCGUGAAGGCGAGAUUGUCAGCUCUGAUGUAGUUUUUGCCAACAGUUGGAGAGCAUCUGGUGAUGAUGAUCCUGGUUGUGAAGCACAGUGUGAAGGUCUGGAAUGUGCUGGCUGUAAUGCAGCUCAGACUGCUUUAUACAGCAACGAUGAACACUGUGGAAUCCUUCAGAACAGCUCUGGACCGUUUGCAGCAUGCCACCAAACACUUUCCCCACAAAACUUUGUGGACAGUUGUGUUUAUGAUCAAUGUGUCGGUGGAGGAUAUCAACCGUUUCUCUGCCAAGCUAUAGGAGUAUAUGUAAGUCAGUGUCAACAAAAUGGUAUCCAGCCUCAAAACUGGAGAAGACCUGGAUUCUGCGAAAUCCCCUGCCCAGCCAAUAGCCACUUUGAGUUUCAAGCAAGUGGAUGUCCAUCUACCUGUGUUAAUCCUAACUCCACCCAAAACUGCCCCCUUCCUGUUCAGGAGAGCUGUGUUUGUGAUCCCGGCUACGUCCUCAGUGCUGGAGAAUGUGUUCCUUAUUCUCAGUGUGGCUGCAGCUUUGAGGGUUUCUAUUAUCAAUCAGGAGAGACUGUUAUAUUGGGUGAAGACUGUGGGAGGCGCUGUAGCUGCACUGCUGGCUCAAUGACUUGCAGCCCUUAUAGCUGUGGCCGUAAAGAAUCCUGCAGUGUGGAAGACGGAGAAAGAGGAUGCAGACCUAAUGGAUACGCCACAUGCUGGAUCAGGGGGGCAGGGUCCUAUCAAACAUUUGAUGGACUGACAUACCAGUAUGCUGGAGCAUGUAAACUGACCCUUGCCAAAUUAAUGGGAUCAUCUGAUCAUCCACACUUCAAGGUGACAUCAGAAAAGGUACCAAAAGGUCAGCAAGGGUUUGUCCAGACUCUGAUAUUUGAAGCAGAGGGAAAACGUAUUUCCAUAGAGUUGGAACGCAACGCUAAAGUUACGGUUGAUGGUCAGCGGAUUCGACUGCCCUUCAGUUCUGGAUCCAACCACAUCCGCAUCUUCCACAGCAACACUCACAGCAUCAUCCUUCGCACAUCUUUUGGUUUGACUGUACAAACUGUGUGGCCUCACUUUGUGCGCGUCACUGCACCUGUGGUCUACAGCAGCUCACUUGGUGGACUCUGUGGAAACUACAACGAUGAACCCAACGAUGACUUUCAAACACCAAAUGGAACCCUGGUCCACAGUUCUCAAGUGUUUGGGGACAGCUGGCGAGAAGGCUCCCUGGCAUCUCACUGUGUGGACAACACAAUUCAUAAUUCUACAAACAAUUACAAUUCCAGUGACUACUGUGGCAUUCUGAGUUCACCACAUGGUCCAUUCACUCCAUGCUGGGCUGUGGUAGAGCCAUCACAGCAAGUGGACGUAUGUGUGGACAUCCUCCAUAGAUCUGAAGAUCCUGAAUCAACUCUGUGUGAGGUUCUACGAGAUUAUGCUCUGAUGUGUCAACAACAGGGGGUUUCUCUGGGAGAAUGGAGGAAUUUAACUGGUUGUGCAUUAACUUGCCCUUCAAACAGCCGUUAUGAACUCUGUGGGACAUCCUGUCCUUCCGCCUGCCCCAGCCUCUCCUUCCCCUUCAGCUGUGACUCUCCAUGUCAGGAUGGGUGUCAGUGUAACGACGGCUUAGUCCUCAAUGGAAACCAGUGUGUGCCACCAACAUCCUGUGGAUGCUAUCAUCAAGGGCGCUAUUGGCAAAGUGGUCAGCAGUUUUGGGAUGGAGAAGAGUGUCAGAGUUUGUGCAGCUGUAAUGGAGUGACUGGUGUGGUGAAUUGUGAGCCGCACUCUUGUGGUCCUGAGGAGGCGUGUCGAGUGGUAGAUGGGGAGUUUGGCUGCCAUCCCAACCCUCAUGGUACUUGCUCAUCUUCUGGAGACCCUCACUACAUCACGUUUGACCGCAAGGCAUACGACUUCCAAGGAACGUGCCGUUAUGUUUUGGCGACUGUAUGCAAUGUGACCAGUGGCCUCAAUGAUUUUUCUGUGGAAGCAAAGAAUGAGCAGUGGAAUGGUCUGGCACUUUCUCUUGCUGCUGAAGUGUUUGUCAAAGUGUGGGGAUAUUCAAUACAUAUUUCAAGGAAUCGACGUGGUGUGGCAGAAGUAAAUGGAAUAACAAGAAACUUACCAGUUCUCCUGAAUGAAAGCCGUGUGUCCAUCUACACAAGUGGAUCUUGUGUAUUUGUCAGUACGGACUUUGGCUUGACUGUCACCUUUGAUAGUUACAGCACAGUAGUGAUCACCAUUCCUCCAAACUACAGAGGAAAAGUAUGUGGACUUUGUGGAAAUUUCAAUGCCAAUCCAAAUGAUGACUUCCAUACCCCAAAUGGAACAGCAGUUGCCACAACAGAUUCUUUUGGGGCAUCCUGGAAAGUACCAGGCAACUACACCUGCAGUGAUGGCUGUGGCUCCUCCUGUCCACAGUGCAAUGAUAAUCAAACCGCCAGAGCUCAGUGUGAGGUGCUUCAGGCAGCUGACGGCCCUUUCAGCUUCUGUCACGAGCAAGUGGAUCCAGCACCGUUUUUCAGCGACUGCGUGUUUGACGUUUGCGUGUCGGGGAAUGCAGGAAACGAUCUUCUGUGCAGGGCCAUUGAGGCAUAUGUGAGUGCAUGUCAGUCUGCUAACAUUCGGAUCUAUCCUUGGAGACAAAACACCACCUGCAGCAUUGACUGUCCUGCAAACAGUCACUAUGAGUUGUGUGGAACAGACUGUGGCCACACCUGUGCCAGCAGCACUGAUGUCACCUGUGAGCAUGUUUGCUCUGAGGGAUGUUUCUGUGAUGAGGGCUUUGUGAGAAGUGGUACAACCUGUGUUCCUCUGGAAAGAUGUGGCUGCCAGUAUGACGGUUUUUACUAUAAUGUUGAUGAGUCUUUUUGGACUGAGGGUUGUUCCCAGCUAUGUGAAUGUCAUGGACCCAAUGACCUGCGCUGCUCUCCAGCAUCCUGCACUCCUGCACAACAGUGCAGCAUCAAGGAUGGCCAGCUUGGCUGUUAUGAUACAAUGUCCACUUGCACUGUGUUAGGAGACCCACACUACAUUUCCUUUGAUGGGGCAGUCACUAAUUUUCAGGGAACAUGCUCCUACAUCAUUACUGAAAGUGUGAACCACGAUAACAAUGAAACCAAAUUCCAAGUAUUAGCCACUAACAAGCACAGAGGCAACAAAUUAGUUUCAUUUGUAUCAACUGUGGACAUAUUCCUCUCAAAACAAAAUGAGAGCGUACACAUUUGGAUUGGAUCAAACAGAAGAGUGAAGGUAAAUGGAAGUGAAACUUCUCUUCCCACCCCUGCAGGAUCAUUUGCAGAGGUUUCAAGGCAGGGAAGCUACAUAGUCUUUGAUGCAGUUGACUUCAUUGUCCAGUUUGAUGGGCAACGGACUUUACUGGUCAGAAUGGGCCAAAACCGAGAAAAUAGAGUCACAGGGAUGUGUGGAAACUUCAAUGGUGAUCCAUCUGAUGAUAAAGUGUUUCCAAACGGCACAAACACCCAAAAUGACAAAGAGUUUGGAAACAGCUGGAAGUCCCCCAUAAGCCAACCAGGAUGUGGAUCCACUGAUGAAGAAAGUGAUGGAAUUGGGAACUGUCGCUUCUUGGAAGAAUACUCUGAACUCUGCAGCAUCAUCACCAACACCAGCGGUCCAUUCAGUGCCUGUCACCUGCACUCUGACCCACGGCCGUUUUUCUCUUCCUGUGUCUAUGAUCUCUGUCUCUACACUCCAGCCAAUGGCAUGCUGUGUUCUGCAGUUUCAGCCUAUGAGAAAACCUGCACUGUUUUAGGGUUGAACAUCCCAGAGUGGCGCCCUUCUUUGCACUGUGAUGAGUCAGAUCCCUGUGAACAGCUGGACUGCACAGAGAAUGAAUGGUGUGGAGAGAAGGACGGUGUGUACGGCUGUUUCUGUGAUGAGCACCAUCAACGACCCAACAGUGAGAGCUUUGACUCGUCCAUCACAUGUGUGAGCAGUUCAGGGACCUUGUCCCUCUCUCGCUGUCAGCUGUUUGAAGCCGGUUUCCCCUUCAGUGCUCUCCAUCUACGAAACGACUCCUGUAAAGGGACUCUACAGGACGGGCGGCUGGUGUUCCACUUCAAUAAUGAUGAUCAUCCGUGUGGGACAGUUUUCAGGAGCAAUGGCACACAUUUCAUCUAUGAGAACAGUGUCCAGGGAGAUGUGGAUCCUCACAACAGUAUCAUCACUCAUGAAAAGAGCUUCCACUUGCUUUUCAGUUGUGCAUACCCUGUGGCUCAGGCCUUGUCUAUGGACGUGGCCAUCAACUCUUUAGAAAGCAUUGUGAACAAGAGGCUUCCAUCUGGUGAAGGUCACUAUAGUCUGAGGAUGAUAACGUAUGAAGACCCCAACUUCCAAUCCCCUCUAAACCGGAACAGAAACUUAGAAAUGGAAAUAAACCAGAGGUUGUAUAUCGAGGUGCUAAGUGAGGGGGUUGAUGAACACCAGAUCUCCACCAUUCUGGACUCCUGCUGGGCGACACCCUUCAAUGAUGCCAACUACCCCGUCCGCUGGAAUCUCAUCAACCACGAGUGUCCCAAUCCAGCAGAUGGUACUGUGGAGCUCGUUCAGAAUGGCAUCUCCACUGCGGCUCGUUUUUCAUUCAAGAUGUUCACCUUCACCAACUAUUCCUCCAUCUACCUUCACUGUCAGGUUCACUUGUGUCUUUUGGGGCACAGCAACUGCACUGCUCAUUGUAUCUCAGGUUAUCACAGGAGAGUAGCAAGGGAUGUUAGCCACCAUGACACUGCAGCCAUCUCAAUAGGACCUCUUCAUACAGCCCCAGAUGAAAGAAGGAUGAUGAACGGCGCUCCAGGCCACCCUGCACCUCUGGUGGUUUUGAUUGUCGGUUUGAUUUUUGCUAAAACUUUAAUUUAGAGUCAUUGAACUGAUGUUUCUUUUACAGUUUUUUCUUUAAAGUUAAUAUUUUCCUAGCCUAAGCUACUUUAUUUGUAGUGCAGUUUCAAUGUUUUAAAUGGUUUAUAAAUUUAGACUGCUGGAUUUCAGUACAAAAUCAUAUUUCUUAACACUUGAGGAUGUUUUAUGAUUUAAAUAAGGCCUUACAGUUUUUUUUGUAGCAUAAUCUUUCGCAACCAAGACACAUCCAGCUUAUCAAAUUAAGGUUACAUUUUAGAAAAUCAUUGCUGUUUUUAAAACUUGUAAUUUUACAUUCCUGGUUAUUUUACUUUUAAAUACAUUUGCUGAAUUUUAAAAAUAAACUCUGCAUGCUGUCUAAAAACAUGACCCUGAAGGACAUGUUUUGUGUGUUUUUUUUCAAUAAAAAUAAUUUUAUCACA